AUGGACAGUCAUGAUGAUGUGAUUCAAGCAUUUAUGAAUGAAACACGCAUUUCGCAUAACACUGCACUUGCUUUUCGUGAUGGACGGCAAUGGGACUAUGACAAAUCACUGCAGUAUUAUAAUUGGGAAAAGAAAGAAGAUGCAGUGCCUUUAAUUUAUGCUUCUAAUUCUUUUGAUAAAAUAGAUGAUUCGGAUGUGGAGGAUAACAGGGAAUAUGAAGAGACCCUGUGCUGGCCAUCUUACGCUUUUGUGCUACCAAAUUUGUUUGAACAGCCAGCUGAUUUUAGAAAUUAUUUAGAAAAAGAUCUGAUUGAAACAUCGACUCUUAAACGGCUUGAAAAUUCUGGCCAUUUGAACUGGUGGUGUUGGAAUGGUAGCGGACAACGCAUGUGGCCUUUGAGUACCACCGGUGACGGUAAUUGUCUUCUUCAUGCAGCUUCGCUUGGUAUGUGGGGAAUCCAUGAUAGACAGUUGAUGUUGCGCAAGAUUUUAUAUGAAAUGUUGACGAGAGGAAGUAGACGCCAUGUACUUUGGCGGCGGUGGCGCUGGGCGGAAAGUCAAUCAAAUUUGCAGUCAGGCCUUGUUUUAACAGAUGAGGAGUGGCAGCGUGAAUGGGACAAUGUUCUCCACAUGGCCGCAGCAAUUCCGAGAACUUUUACCACUUCAGAAGAUAACGAACUUGAGAAGAGUGAUGGCACUGAACAAGUUUAUGAAAGCUUGGAGUCCAUUCAUGUCUUUGCACUUGCUCAUAUUCUCAAACGCCCAAUAAUUGUUGUGUCGGAUACAGUACUUCGCAAUGCCAUCGGUGAAGAACUUUCUCCUAUUCCAUUUGGCGGAAUUUAUUUACCUCUGGAGUGUCCUUCGAAUCAGUGCCAUCGCUCACCACUUGUCCUUUGUUAUGAUUCAGCUCAUUUUUCAGCUUUAGUUACAAUGCGCGACACGGCAUCUAAUUCUUUGCAAUCCAUCGUUCCAAUUACUGAUAGGGACCGUAUUCUGCUUCCUUUACAUUUCUGUGUUGACCCAGGACCGGACUUCACUUGGUGGAAAGAUUCAGAAGAUGCCGAAAUAGCGGCACGAAUUCAGCUGACCGAAGCUGAUAGACUUUCACUUAUCUCUGAAUAUGUGGAUAUUGUUAAGAUCCCAGUUCGCCGAUACUCAUUCCGACAUAACUUAAGUGGAACCGGAUUGGUAAGCGGUGAGGAUGGGAGGAAAUCGAUGACAUUGUCAUGUGGUGAUGUCUUCAUUACUAAAGAUCAUUCCGCCAGAUUACUGAGUGAAAUAGCGCAACAAAUCAAAAAACGGCUGAAAAUAGGACGCAAAAAAAAGAAUCGGUUAAUUAAUGCAGAACAGGUUACAGUGUCGGAUUUGCGAUGUGCGAAUCUUGUCAUAGCCGCACGACUACAUUCCUAUGCCCAUCAGUAUAUGGAACAUAUGGUAGAUAAUUAUUUAUGUUUGGCAAAAGAACGUUUCGAGCAGUCGAAAAAUGCUUCUGGGACCGUCUCACGUCAGCGUGCAAGAUUAUCGCACUCUUUCAGUACUUCAUCAUUGUUAGUCACUUGCAUCAAUAAACAGUGUCAGAAGAGCGCUUCUCAGUCAACGAAUUUCUUAUGCAACGAUUGCUUUGAGUACCAAAAACAACUGAUGGCCUCGUUUGGACGCUCACAACCGGGACAUUUACGCUCGCUUCGUUCGUGCCUUUCAACCACUCUUCGAGAUUCAUCCAAUUCAUCACCCCCAGAAGAUGGUUCCAUUAAAUCUAAUGCAAUGCCGUACAUUAACACAUCGUCAAGAACUUCUCAUACUGACGGCAAAGGACUAAGAAAUGCUCGGGACACAUUAGGCCAUACUUCAGACUCAGUACCUGUUCCGCUUGCAUCCGGUAUGCAAGCAUUGCAGUCUCAUGCUUCUAACUCAAAACCUUAUCGUGAACAUAUAUCUGCUGGCUGUGAAGGAGUUGUCCAUACGGUAGCUGUUCAUUACGCACAUGCCCCAGCCGAAAAUGUUACUACCAAAGUUGCAUCUGUAGAAGGAGCAAAUGGAGUAACUCAUUACUAUAUUUCACAGUAA